GCCUGUCCCAGAUGGAUCCGCAGCGAAAUCUCCCCUCCACAGCUAUUUCCUUGAAAGAUUUCGCUCGCGCUCUUGCAGGAUCGCGGCGCCGCCGCUAAUUUCGUAUCUCCAGCGAUGAUCUGCGGGACAUGGACGGGAAUGGAGGCGGCGAUCGACCGCACGCGGUGGUAUUCCCGUUUCCAUCGCUGGGCCACAUCAUCCCGAUGAUGCAUCUCUCCUGGCGGCUGGAAUCGCUGGGAUUUUUCAUCACUUUCGUCAACACGGAGCACAACCAUUUCCGGAUCGGAGGGAGAGACGAAUGCCGCUGCUGCAGGAGCACGGAGUUCACAUCAACAUGGUGGGGCUUCCCGACGCCAACAUGCCUUCUCUCGAGACUAUCAACGUGUUUGAGGCGAUCAUGUCCACGGACAGGCUCCGCGGCGCUUUCGAGAGAUUGAUCGGCAAGCUGGUGGAGAGACAGAGCUGUCCUCCGGUUUGUAUCGUCGCGGAUGGAUUUCUUUCGUGGACUCAAGACGUUGCUCAGGACUUUAGUCUCCAGUGGGCCGUGUUCUGAGCUUGAUCUUCCGACUUGAUGGAAAGAGGCCUCGCACCUUUGAAAGCUGAAAACGAGCAUAGCUACAUUUCGUUCAUAGACGGUAUGAUAUCUUCCAGUGAUCUCCCGACUUCCAUCACCAGGCAGGAUCAAUAUGAUCCUGUCCAGAGCGUCGAUCUCGAGAAAAUAACACCGUCACCAUCUUUGGCUUGUCGUUGUAGUAAUUGGAGCUUGGGGUGGCGAUUGGGGCGCCGAUCAGGCUGGGAUGCCAGUCUCGAGCUCACACGGCAAUGCCCUGGUUCCAUCCGAUGCAAGUGUCUGUCCAGUUCUUGGCAGAAGACGAUCUCGGCGAUCGCCAAUGGAGCAUCGUAACGCGGCGAUGAUUAGUUGGACCUGUCCUCUAUCAUGACUCACAGCCAUUCGAAGGUUGCCAAAACUCUUGGGCAUCGGCAAACCGGUGUCCAGGGUCGUGUCCUGUCUCUGCUCCGCUCAAUAGCUUGCCGC